AUGCAUGAUUUGCCUUGCCUAUGCGGAACCGAGGAUGAAAUACAGAAUGAUGAUGAUGUUAGUGAGAUUUUGCAGACAUUUGAAGUUUUGGAUCCAAGCAAGCCAAUUCCGGUCUCAUGCAAACAACUUGGGAUUGGUGUAACUCAUCAGGGACAAAUUUUAUACAUCGAUGUCGAAUAUCCAGAGGAAUGUUGGGGCAAGGGCGAGUUUGAUGCACGUGAUGCGAUCCAGAGUGUUUUCGAUUGCUCAUACAUGAAAACAGAUCGUGUUGUUUAA